GUCUGUCUUGGAGAUUUAGAGCAGAUACAGCGCUGGCAUACCAGUUGUUGACAUCAUGAUGUCAGCCUUCUCUGUCCUGGUCACCUUAGUGCUGUUCUCUGAACUGAACAGCCGCCUGAUUGCUUUGCCAUCUUCCAAGGCAGAAGAUGCAGCAGACCAAGAUGGCCUGGACUCCGUACUGGAUGAUGAAUCUGUGAUGAAAGCAGCCAUGAUUCGUCCAACAUACAGAUGGAGUCUCAUGUUGGACAACAAUGUGAAGGAUGAGGAGAGCCCCCAACUGGUCGUCAUAUCGGACACGAGGCUGAAGGGGCGAAGUUUCCGGGGUCUGAACUCAGCCUUCACUCGAAGACUAACUGAGAGAAGCCCAAGCGACUAUAGCAUGAACAUUGAUCGGAGAGACAAAGACCUGAACAUGCUGCGAUGUAUGAUAGGAAGAGUGUAUCGGCCUUGUUGGAGUUCAUAACUUCUGCUGCAGCUGUUUCAACAUCGUCACGAAGAAUUUCUUCCAAUUGUGUGUCAAUGGAGUAGAGAGCAGGACAACCCCCUUGACUGUAUCUGAGAACUGGACGAGGUGGCUCCUCCCCCCUUGUGUUUCAAACAGGAAGUACCCGCUGGGUCCAAGAAGCCAAAAACCCAUACUAUGGAGAAAUAAACAGCUAUUAGUCAGUGAUUCUAUUUAUCAUAAUAACUGUUCUUGCUUUAAUACCUUUUUAUCAUGUUCUUGACAAUCCUAUAAUUUAUGAUAUUUUUCGAUCGUUCAAGUUAUAAACCAACCAAUGGGAUGCCUUUAUAAAGGUAGGUGGUGCCUGCUGGCCCUCACGUCCAACGUUUGAAAUGUUUGACAGAUUUUGUGUAGGCUGCUUUAAGUGGGCUAUUCUGAUUGGUGAGAGUGGUCCCCAGAGAAACCCAAACCAAUCGCAGCUCACUGGCAAGUCUGGGUCCAACAUGUGGGUGUUUAUAUCGCGAAAAAAAGGCGGCUGAAUUGGCUUCAAUUGGUUGGAGCAAGAAGUUAACCAUUUUUUAUGGGUGACAUCACACUCAUUCUGUCCAGUUCUCAGAUACAGUCAAUCAGACAAAGAAGUGCAACAAAAGCAAAACUUUAUUUCAACAAAUUUAUUAGGCAAAAGUUGAAUUUAAAUUAGAAAAAAAUAAAGUGCAAUGAAGAACCA